AUGCUACGGGACAAUAGUGCCAUCGUAUUAGCUGUUGCUACUGUAACUACAACUGCUGCCUAUCCUGUUAAUAGCACUUAUGCUAUGAUGGUUUCUGCGGUUUAUGGCGAAGUCUUUACAUGUUAUACAAUCUUUGAUGGCAAUUUAGCAACACGUAGGUUCCAACAGUCUAUUUACGUGACUCGUCCUUUGCGCGAACUAGGGCUUUGUGCGCCUUUUGUAUCUACAUCUGAGGCAGCAGCAGCAGUCAAUGAUCAACGAACUUCUCGUAAUGCCAAGUUCUUGUAUUUUCAAGUGUUGAUUGAGGUUUUAUUGAAAAAAUUGCUCUAUGAUGAUGUUAAAGCUAAGCAAGAACUGAUUAAAGUAUGGAAGCAGAAGUAUUGUGCAAAUAACAGAAUACUUUAUGAGUUUGAACGUGAUUAUCAUUCGGAAAAAGCAGUUUACUGUUAUACAAGACCGACAUCCUUAUGUGAAACAAUGAAUAAAGCACUUCGAGGCAAUGAUAUUGAUAUUCUCUUGGCAAUGCGUUCUUUUAUUAUCGAUUUGUAUCGUCAGCAGAUCGACGAUGGCAACUUCACUUCUAUUUUUCGUAUUUAUCGUGGAUCAGUACUAUGUGUUUCUGAGCUUGACCUAAUUCGUAACAGUAUCGGUGCAUUUGUAUCGUUUAAUGAUUUAAUGUCGAUAAGUAUGGACAUUGGCGUGAUGAUGACUGAUAUUUUCUUGAUGUAG